GAACGGCGGCGGCUGCAGGGGGAUCUUCGGAGCGAAGCGCGGCGGAGGCGGAGUGUCGGAGGGGGAGCUUUCCACACCCCGCUGCGCUCCGCAGGCCCCGCCCGGCCUCCCCACACGCCCUCCGGUCCGGCCGAAACUUUCCCCGGCGGCGGCGAUUGCAGCGCCUCUUCUUCGCGUCUCUCCGAUCCGGCAUCGCCCACCGCGGGAGAAGGACUCACAGCGGCCCCACCGGGUGACACCCGCUCUGCUCGGGCAAACUUGAGCGGGCGGCGGGGGCAUCGCGGCGCAGCAGCAGCCGGGCCCCCGCACGCUCCUGAGGCAAGGCGCCGAAGCGGGCGGGGCUUCGGAUGGGGGUCCCGGUGCCGGCUGCCCACGGCCACUGAGCCCGGCCGAGGGAGAGGCGGGGCCGCGCCACCCCAGAGCUCGCCCCCGCCGCACCCCGGCCGGCCGCCGCCUCCCCCGCCCCGAGAUGUCGGCCAAGAGCGCACCUGCGGCGGCCCCCGUGGAGAAGAGUCCCGGCGCCCCCCCGCCCAAGAAGAAGAAGCCCAAGUCCGGCUCGUCCAGCCUGCGCCGGGCCUUCAGCUGGCUGCGGGGCCGGCGGAAGAAGGCGGCGGCGGGCGAGCAGCCCGGAGCGCCCCCUGCGGAGGGCAAGAAGCGAGAGGAGCGGCGCCAGGGCAAAGGUGCUGCUGCCAAGGCGGAGAAUGAGGAGAAGCGGCUGAGCGUCCAGUACAAGGCUGUAGAAGACCAGCCGGACAAUGUGUUCUUCCCCAGCAGCCGCCCGCCACACCUGGAGGAACUGCACGUCCAGGCCCAGGCGGGGCUCAAGUCUUUGCAGAACCUAGAGAAGCAGAAGAAGACCAGGAAGAUCUGGGACCACAGUGAGACCAUCAGUACCCAGUCUUCCCAGUCCACUGAGGGUGAUGACAUUUCCAUCCAAAGCCAGGCCUCCUCGUGCACCACAGAAGAUGCCUCCGAAGACGCCAUGUCGGUCCGCUCUGAGAUGAUCCAGAGAAAAGGCUCCACCUUCCGACCACAUGACUCCUUUCUGACAUCAUCUGGGAAGGGAGAAAAGAGGCGGAGGGAGCGGAGGACCACAGUCCUGGGGCUACCCCAGCAUGUGCAGCAAGAGCUGGGCCUGAGCGAUGGGCGUGACUCCACGAAACGUCCUGGCAGCAUUGCCGUCAGAGCCGGCCCGACCACGCAACCCUUGGUGAAUGGGAGUCAGUUGCCCGGCCCUGCCAUCCAGAUCCCCACCAUCGAUGGGAAGCCUCUAGCCACCACCCCUUGGGAGCGGGGGGCCCGCAUCUCCCUCCAGGCUCUCGAGGCCCAAGCCUCAGAGGCUGCCCUCCAGCAGCACAUCAGCCGCGUCUACUACGACGACUCUGUGCUGGGCCACAAGACGGUGGACAAAAUGUCUCCUGUGGCCAGGCCCAAGUCCCUGGCCGUUCCCUGGGUGACCACCCAGCCCAGUUCCCCCGAGCUGCUGAGCCCAGUCAUGUCGAUCUCGCCACAGGGCACCUACCUCUCAAAGAUUAUUCCCAACGCCAUCUUGCCGCCUAUGGUGGAUGUCAUUGCUCUGUCCCGCAACCGGGUGCGCACCCUCAGCCGCUGCAGCCUGGCCAGUGCCAGCCCGGCCCUCUCAGUGCGCUCCACAGGUCACUUCCCUGCCACCCCCCGCAGCCGUGAGCACUCCUCCUCCAGCGACAACUGGAGCCACUCACAGUCCACGGAAACCAUCGUCUCCAACGCGUCCACCAUCUCCUCCCACAAGAGCCCCAGUGGCCAGAAGGAUGAGGCAGGGCUGAGCGGCAAGAACGCCCCCACAGGCAGGCCAAGCUGGCUUGGUCCUUCCAGCCCUGCCAGUUCCAGACAGGCCAGGACCUCCCCGGCCUCUCCCAGCCUGCUCGGGGUGCGGCCAGGAGGGAGCAGUGGCCGAGCCUCACCCGCUUACAGCACCAGCAGCCUGGCCGAGGGCUCAGAUGAUGCAAGCGUGCGCAGUGACCGCUCCUCAACCCGGAGUGUCUCGCUCCGGAAGAUGAAGGUGGCCCCCUUGCCCCCCCAGAGGACCUAUUCCUUGCACCAGAAGGCUCAGCAGCUGGAAGCUGAAGGGGCGCCCCGAGGAAUGGGGCUGCCUCCCAAGCCAGAGCGGAGGCCCCACCGGGAAGGUGCCCAGUGCCCCAGCCUGGCCAACGAGGAUGAUGUCUUCUCCCCCAUCCACCUGGGCGGGACCAGCAGCCUGCAGUCCAGCAGUCUGACCUGCUCACCGGACAUCUGUUCCCGGAGCCCAGUGAGGGUCAGCCAACUGCGGGAGGCAGACAGGAGUGAGGCCCCAGAGCCUGGCUCUCCCCACCGCUUUGGCCGCACCAUGUCUCCAUCGAGUGGCUACUCCAGCCAGAGUGGCACGCCCACGCUGCACCCCAAAAGCCCCCUCCCCCAUACCGUGUCCCCGGGGAAGAAGAAGCUGCAACCGAGGAAGCCGGAGCGCAUCUGCUCCCUGCAAUCCCCGGGACCCUCCCUCUCCUCCUCCUCCCUGACCUCCCUCUCCUCCUUGGCCUCUGACCACGCCCCCGAAGGGACAGCCCCGCCCACUCCCGCCUCCCUACCAGCCUCCUCUCCUGCUGCCCCACGUUAUGUGGACCACUUGGUCAUCCCUCCGCACCCGAAGGUCCCCGCCCCCUUCUCCCCACCCCCCACCGAGCCAAAGAACAAGGAAGGGACAGCAGCUGCCUCACCCCCCAGCAGCCAAACCCCCCAGCAGCCCAGCCCUCUCCACAAGGAGAGCUCACCCCCACCCUCCCCUCCGCCGGCCUACCACCCCCCUCCGCCCCCUGUGAAGAGAGCUGAGAUGAGUGCUGAGGUUCCUGGAGCUGUGCUGGUCCCCUCCGAGGUGGAGGCAGGGGCUUCCUCAGACCCCUUGUGGCUCCCUCCGCCCCCGCCCCUGCUGGACGAGCAGGAUCUGUCCAUGGCUGAUUUCCCUCCUCCAGACGAGGCCUGCUUCCUGCCGCCGCCCCCAGUCUUGCAGGUGGAGCUUUUGGACGCAGGGGGUGCAGAGGCCCCUCCCCAGUCCCAAACAGCCACCCCUGCAGGGCAGGAAGACGGAAGGCCUCCCUCCUUCCCCACAGCAGUCUCCGCAAAUUUCCUGCAGCCAGGAAUUCUGCCCCUGCCGACCCCAAGCAUGGAGCCCUUCCCACUUCCCAAGGAUUCUCCAAGCGGAGAACUGUCUGGUCCUCAGCUGAGCUCCAGGCACCCCACUGGCUCAGGGGUUGCAGUGCCCUCCAGUCUGUCCCCCCCGAUGAAGAAGCCACCCACCGGUUCCCACCCUGACCUCAAGAAGGAGUCCGCCAUGCGCGGCAAGGCCACCUCGGUGCCCAAGGAGGAUGCCAGCCUGCCCAUUGUUACACCAUCCCUACUGCAGAUGGUCCGCCUGCGCUCAGUCGACAUGGAUGCCCACAGCCCCGGGGUCAGUCCAGCCGGGGGCUCCGUGACUCCCACAGAGUCCAGCAGAACAAACGUGGCUACAGAUGGGAAGACCGGCCCCUCAGCCCCCCAGAAGCCCCUCCGCAAGUCCCUGUCCCUGAGGGGGGGGCAGCCAGCUUCAAAAGAGGGGAUCAACCCCCUGCAUGAGGCUGUGCGCCUCAAGGCCUCCACCUUAACUUCCAGGGAACCCAGGAGUCUCGGAAUGGCUGAGAGGAAGACUGGGAGCCGGGCGGCGCUGCCAGGCAUCCCUGCUGCCCCAGCUAGCAACGGCCCAGUGUCCCCACUCCACAAAUCUCCCGCCUCCACCGCUAGCUUCAUCUUUGCCAAGAGCCCCAAAAAGCUGGUCAUCGAGACGGCAUCCUCGUCAGAGGCCCAGGACAGCCUGCAGAAAAACUUGGUGGCCGAAUUGAUGACUGUCUCCAGCCAGCGAUCCACAGCGGCCGCGGGGCUGCAUCCGCAGGACUUGGCCAAGGCCCCCAAGGCCCAGAGGAUCCCCCCUCCCAUUGCCAAGAAGCCUUCUCUUCGGCCAAGGUGCAGGCCCUCCCCCCAAAGCCCAAAGUCCUCUGGAGCCGAGGAGCCGGCAGUCGAGGAGUGGACUAAGAAGGUGGGGUCUGAAAACCGGACCGCUCCCCUGGAGUCUGGCCAUGGCAGCCCCCCACCUGGGCCAGAAGACAAGUUGCGGAGGAGCCCCAGAGCAGAAGAAACAAAAGAGGAGGUGGUCUGAAGGAGGACCCUGCGAGGUGCAUUUGCCCAUAAGAUACAGGGAUUUAAAAAGAAAAAUAUUCUCAGGGACCUCUUGGGGCCAGAAGAGAAGCUUUGAUGGCGCCGAAGAAAACAACACCUUCGUCUCCCUUGGCCUUGAUAUUUAUGCAACAGUGGGAUUGGCUUGGAUGUCCUCAGCAAUGUGGCUCUUUUAAACCUGGGGACAAAGGGGCACAUCCCUUUCCACCCUCCUGUCUCUCCUGGGAUUCAAACCUUGCUUUGGUCCUGCUUGGUUUGGUGAUGUUGAAUUCCUCCCUCUCCCCGGUUUGGUGUGAGAAAACAGCUUAAGGUAGCAUAAGAUGAGGACACCUCAGUAUCUGCAGGGAAGACGAUCAAAACUGGAUCAGCUUGUUGCAGUCCCCCCUCCUCCCCCCGAAGAUGCCUUUUUAAUGGGUUGCAUUGUUGUUGCUGUUGAGUGUGCAUUUGGGGAGUGGAGGAGAGAGAAUGUGGCCUGCGCUUGCACCCCCGUGUGGCAUGGAAGCACUUGCUCAGAUCACAGAGGGAUCUGAGGAGGACAGCCAUGGUGGGAAAUUCCUGCUGAGUCUUCCUGGAUGGUGCCGGGUCCCAGGAGAGGCCCUGCUGGUACUUUUGCUCUGGGCUCCUGUGGGCAGAUUCUGGCUGCUGUAAGUGGCUGAUUCCGGGUAGGGGGUGCCUAUAGGGAACCCCUCUUGCCUACACACUAAAGCACAAAUGACAGCCUGGAAGAUGGUGCAACCACCAAAAGACAUGCAUUUUCUCCCUGUCCCUAACUGUGCCAUGAAUGCCGCCUUAGGGAAGCGCCUCCUCAUACCCACCCACCCCCAGUGGCAGUGGGAGAAUCUCAGAGUUGUCUUGCAAGGGACAGGAGUAGUUAGCAGGCACCUGACACAAGUGAGGCACACAGUUGAGGCUUGGCAGGCACUGGCAACUGUCUAGAAUGUAGCUCUCCACUGCCAAAAGAGCAAAAAAAAACCACUGCAUUUUGCACCAAAACAUUCCAGUCAUGAUGACAGGAUCCACUGGAAAAUUUGGGUGGGGGACCACGUUAGGCCCUCCCACCAAGAAAUCCAAGGGAUAAUGUCACAGGGCGCCUCCACUUGUGUUUUAUUUGUGGUGAACUUGCCCCCCCCCCAAUGGGCACAGAGCUGCAGAGUCAUUGGAUCUGAUUUACACACCCUUCUGUGGAGGGGCUGGGUUGGGCAUGUAGACAGGCAGCUCUUCCUAGGAGCUGGGGAGGUGGUGGCGGGGGGAUUCCAUCCAGACUGAAGGGGAAACCUGGAUGCAGAAACCCUCGGGUGUGUGUGUGACUCAGGGUGUCCUGAUCUGGCCAGGAGGGUCUGCGGUGUCCUUGGGGCUUCUCUCCUCCACCAAGCAUGGCCAGCAGUGGCUGAUUCUGGAGGUCUUUGUGGUACUGAGGACAGCUCCAGCAUCCCAGGAGCCCUCCAGCAUCCAGAUCACUUGCAACGCCCAUGGUUGAGCCAUACUGACUGGGGAGGAUGGGAAUUACGGAGAGCUCGGCAGAAGCAGCUCUGGACCAGGGUUGUUUUGUGACCUCCUGCCAGAAUGUCAGGAACGGCUGGGCAUAGUUUUCUAAGUAAUGAUUAGCUGCAUCAAGAGUCAACCUGGUCAACUGAGAUGGUAGCAAAUGGUGCUGACUCGGGGGGACCCUUUGUAGAAGGGCGAAGGGGGCACCGAGACUAGUGCCCUCCUUUCCUUCCCAAACAACCACACGUGCCUGCAGUGGCAAAUGCUCCCCCCCAGGCCCUCAUUCCCGGGGCACCCUGUGGGAGGCUUGCCACCAUCCUCAAGGAGGUCAGGGUUUUAAGUUUGCACCAGGGACGUUGCUGGUGCAAAUCCGGAGCUCUCUUCUUCGGCCGACAUGCCAAGGGCAGAGGGGAGAAAGAUGGAGAAGGUGGUUGCAGCACCAUCUUGCCUUUGGCUGCUCUCUGGAGAGCCAGCAGGGGGAAGGGGCUUACAGCCUCAAAGGAGACCAAAAAGCUCUGCCUGGUUUUGUCUCUCACCCACCCACCCACCCAAUCCCCCUCCCCUUUGGCUUUGCUUUUUCUCUUCUUGGACAGCCGGAGCUACUCUCUCCACCUUGGAAAACCUUGGAGUCUGUUGAUUUGAUUUUCACUGUGGUGGGGAAAUGGACAGGUUGCUUUUUUAAAAAAAAAUGGUCAAUUCUGUUUUAAAAAAAGAUUAAUGUGCAUUUGUAAAAUGACUGAUUAAAAGCUUGCUUGCUGAC